AUGGCUGAUCCUCAUGAGCCACCUCCUGGCCCAUCAGGCGCCGCCUGUGUCAUACCACCAGCAUGGCACCGCAAUCGCUUCACAUGUCACGCGGUGGUCAUCAACGGCGUCAACUACUACACCGUCACUCGAGUACUGCUGGACAGCGGCGCAAGUUCGAACUUCAUCAGCCAAGAUCCGCCGCCUUCGAAGCCUCGUUACUGCUAUGCAUUGGCAGAUGCUAAAUUUGAGGAGAAGAAACAUGGCGGCGGUCAGCGCACUACAAUCGAUCUCACCGAGCCGCGCUACAUCGACGCUCGCCGUACAAGCUGGUCCACCAUCUUCCCCGAUGAGCGAAGCGACAUCUGA